AUGACCCGUGUACCCAGAGAGCAUCCCUAUGACCAGAUCUUGAGAUUCAUCUUUCUUGGAGACUCAGGCGUGGGUAAGUCAAGCUUGUUGUUGCGUUUCACCCAAGACAAAUUCAAGCCCUCGUUCAUGGCUACCAUUGGAGUCGACUACAGUGAAAAAGUAAUCGACAUCAAGGACAAAAAAAUCAAGUUGCUGAUCUGGGACACCGCCGGCCAAGAACGGUUCCAGAGCCUCUCCAAAGCGUACUACCGAGGCUGCCGAGGAAUCUUGUUGGUUUACGAUGUCACCCAGAGAGAAACUUUUGAAAAUAUUCACCGCUGGAUGGACACUCUUCGGUCCCAGGCACACGAGUCUGCCGAAAUCUUCUUGGUGGGCAAUAAAAGCGACGAUAAGGAAAACAGAGAGGUUUCCAUCGACGAGGGGAAGGCGUUGGCGGUCCAGUUAAACGUUCCUUUUGUGGAGACCAGCGCCAAAAGCAGUCUGAACGUCGAUGCCUGUUUUCGAGAAUUGGCAAUGAUGCUUGGGCAAAAGGGACUUACUCAGCCGGAGCCUGUUUCUCAGAGUCUGAGCAAAUCUCAAACGGUCGAUUUGUUCACACAUACAAUGAAGAACAACUGCUGUUGA